CAGGCUGGUUGGGAAGGGACCAGCCUCUCCUUGUGCUGGGCCAGGAGCUGAGUCGUCCUCCAAAAUGUGUCUGUCUUCCUGCCACAGAAUGAAGCAGGGAUGACCUCUGCCGAUGGAGGCUGGGUGCGUCGCCCCUGGAAGCCGGACCCUGGGUCACCCAUUUAUGCUCUGCCACUCCUGCUCACUGUGUUUGUCUGGCUGGCCACUGGCACCACCAUGUCCAGCCUCAACAAGUGGAUCUUCACCAACCACAACUUCCGGUAUCCCGUGCUGCUGUCGUCCCUGCACAUGCUCACGGCUGUGUUGGUGGGCUACCCGCUGGCCAGGCUGCGGGCACGUGGGGAUGAGGUCAUGGCUCUGGGCACCAGAACUAAGGCCAGAGUCUAUCUCCUGAGCUUGACCUUCUGCGCCAGCGUAGCCUUCGGAAACCUGGGCCUCAACUACGUGCAAUUGGACUUUGCCCAGAUGGUGUACACCACCACACCCCUCUUCACUCUGAUCCUGUCCAAAGUGCUGCUGGGUCAGCGCCACCAUCUGCUGCAGUACGCUGCCAUGGGGCCCAUCUGCUUGGGCGCCUCCUUCAGCAUCAUCGGGGAGGUGCACUUCGACCAGGCCGGCUGCUGCUUCCUCUUCGCUGCCACCUUCCUCCGCGGAUUAAAGUCCUUACAGCAAAGUACCCUGCUGCAGGACAAGAAGCUGGACUCGGUCACCUUGCUCUGCCUGACGUCCCUGCCCAGCUUCUGCAUUCUCUUCACUGCGGCUGUGGUGCUGGAGGUGGGGGCAGCCUGGGAGGGCAUGCUGCACUACGGCAGCACUCUCUGGGCCUGUGUCCUGCUCAGCUGCCUGGGCUCCGUCCUCUACAACCUGGCCAGCUUCUGCGUCAUCUCGCUGACCUCCGCCCUCACCAUCCACAUCCUGGGCAACUUCAAUGUGGUGGGAAACCUGGUGCUGUCGCACCUCCUCUUCGGCAGCCACCUGAGUGGGCUCAGCUAUGCAGGCAUCAGCCUCACCCUCUCGGGGAUGUUCCUGUACCACAACUGUGACCUCAUUGCCAGCUACUGGGGCUCCAGGCUGGCUCUGGGCCAGGGCCAGGCAAAGCCAGAAUGAGUCCUGUGCUGGGGCACAGUGCAGCCCUUGGACUGUAUAGACUGCAGUGCUGUGUGAGCGUGUGUGCAUGUGUGCACGCACGCACAUUUGUGUACGUGCACUCUCUUGUCCUCAGCUGGAUGAUGUGUAUCAGAUCCAUUGGGUGUGUGCAUAUGUGUACGAAUUCUGGUUUUCUACUGAUGGAAAUGUCAGACCCCCUCCCCCGGGAGUGUGUAUUCGUGCUCUCACUACUGAUCUUUGUUGGAUGGAGUAGAUUAGAAGACCUUUGUGUGUGUGCGUUUGUGUAUUGCUAUUGUCCUCUGUUGGAUGGUGUAUGUGGGGGGGGGGGGGUGAAGGGAUGAGAGAAGGUGUUAGACUUGUUCAUUUGUGUGUGUACCUCGUAUUGGAUGGAAUAGCUCAGUCCCCUUCCAGUGUCUGUCACUUCCCCUUGUGGCCAGAGUAGCCCCCUGGAGCAGCCUUGGUUUGGAGCUACCCCAUGUUCAGGUUCCUAGAACCCCCCCGCCCCUGUCUGUGGGGACCCCUCGGAUGAGCACAGCCACAGACUGUCCCAAGGGGAGCCGCAGAGGGCUAGCACCCUGGAUUGUGGCCGAGUGUCCAUUCUUUUGGUACGAGCCAGCAGGCAGGGUUGGUGCCAGCAUCAUGCUCCUCAAAAACUGGUCUGGGUGAAACGAGGUGUCCAGUAUCUGGUGGACGGGGUUCUGUAGCAUUCAGAAGAAAUUGUAAGUAACUUUUUAUGUGACUGAUCCACCCGGUCUGGCCCUCCAGGUUUCCUGGCUCUGGGAUGAGGCUGGGACAGGGCAGAAACCCUGAAAUUCUGUAAGGGAGGCUGCAUUCCUGGGCCAGUGGGAAUCACCUCAGAGAGCCCACCCAAUGAAGGUCUGAGCCUAAGAGUUUGGAGAUGCCAUCACAUGGGCUCUGUAACUUUUGGAUAGGCACAGAGCUGCUAGCUGAGAUGCAAAUUGGGUCCAGUGUCCACACACAUGCACACUCCCAGGUGUGCACAUGUGAUCCCAGUUACAGGCACAUACAUGUGAACACACACACUGCUUUUUAGGGACUGUCUCCACAGCCUUUAACACAACCCAGCUGGGCCCUGGUCACCCUGCACUGCCGCAGCCGUCACGUCUGGCACCAUUGUGGUGAAGAGGCCUGUUGUGGUGUUGCACUUUGGGGCGCCAAGGCCAACAGCUGAGCACUGCCCAGGGACAGGCGCAUGAAACUCAAACAAUGGCUCCCCUUGCCCUCAAUAAAACUCUAUUUUUGUCCA